AUGGAUAAUAGUUAUACAUCAAAUAUUACAUAUGUAACUCUUGACGGUCAUUUAGAAGUAGGGAAAUACAGAUUUGUUUAUUUUUUCACCACCUUUGCACUAUAUAUUCUAAUAAUCUGUUGUAAUUCUACAAUCGUGUACAUUAUUUGGACUCAGAAAAACCUCCACGAGCCUAUGUAUAUUUUUAUCGCAGCUUUGUUAAUCAAUGCGAUUCUGUUGAGCACUGCCAUCUACCCAAAGCUAUUAAUUGACUUUUUAUCUGAAAAACAGAUCAUAUCUUAUUCCGCAUGUCUCCUCCAGUUUCAUAUAUUUUACUCUUUAGGAGGUUCAGAAUUCUUACUGUUGUCAGCCAUGGCCUAUGACAGGUAUGUGUCUAUAUGUAAACCUCUGCAAUAUCCAAAUAUCAUGACAAGGACAACUACAGGUGUUAUCCUACUAGCUGCUUGGAUUCUUCCUGCUGCUCAGGUUGCAGUGCCAGCUGGACUGAGCGCAAACAAAAAACUGUGCAGCUUCACUUUAAAAGGAGUAUUUUGUAAUAAUACAGUUUAUAAACUUCAGUGUGUAGUUUCAAGAGCUCAAAUAAUACACGAUAUGGUCAUUUUGCUGAAUAUUGCCUUGCUUCCUGUGCUUUUUAUAUUGUUUACAUACGCAAAGAUACUUCUCAUAUGCUAUCGCAGUGGUAAGGAAGUCAGGAAAAAAGCUGCUCAGACCUGUUUACCCCACCUGAUAGUUUUGACAAACUUUUCCUGUUUAUGCGCCUACGAUGUUAUCACAGUUCAGCUCGAAUCCGAUUUUCCGAAAAUUGUACGUCUAAUAAUGUCGUUACAAAUAUUCAUGUAUCAUCCUCUUUUUAAUCCAAUUUUAUAUGGACUGAAAAUGAAUGAAAUAUCGAAACAUCUCAAAGCAUUGUUCUGUCCCACCAAAAUAAUUUGA